AUGGCAGCUUUCCAGGCCGCAAUACAGCCGCUGUGCCGCGAGGUCGGCACGAGGCUCCCGGACGCGGGAUAUAAUGCACGACCCAGCGUUCACCGGGUCUUCAAGAACGACGCCGCUCUCGCCCAGCACGGCAAGGACAAGGAGCACACUUACGUUGCCCCGAGCGCGCCCAGGGCGUCUUACCCGCAACCUGCUCCCGCUCCCGCCCCAAAGCCCGUCAAGGUCGCGCCCGCUCCGAAACCUGCUGCUGUUCCCAAAGUCACGGCACCCAAGGUCGCCGCCGUUGCCACACCGGCUCCGAAACCCGCGCCUAAGUUCGUCCCUGCUACAAAACCGGUAACCCCCGCCCCGCCCGCAUACGAGUGCAAGCCAUGUUGCCUCGUCUUCACCGACCAGACGGGAAUCGAUGAGCAUAAGCGCAGUAAGCAUCCCCCACCGCCGACAUACAACUGCAUCCCGUGCGCGAUGCAGUUCUCGUCCCCGGAGGCGUUGUCAAUCCAUCUACGGUACUUCGCUGCGCACCCCAAAUGCCCUGAGUGCCACUCUCCGUUCCUCGAUCAAACCCAGCUCGACAUGCACUUGAAGCUGGCGCACCCGGAGAAGCCGAAGCAUAAAUGCGCGCCGUGCGGCUGGGAGGUCGCGGUCGCGGAUCUCCCGAAGCACUUCCGCGAAUCUCCAAACCAUCCAGUUUGCUUGGUCUGCGACGAGGGGUUCUUGGGGGAUUCGGAAUUGACGGCGCAUCUGUCGUCCGCGCACCUGGAAUCCCGCUGCGAGCCUUGCCGGCGUCAAUUCCGCUCGAAGGAGGACUUGCUGCAACACUACGUGACAUCCCCGCUGCACCCGCACUGUGCACUCUGCGAAGUGGGCUUCAUCGACGAUGAUGCAUGCGACAAGCACAUGGAAAUCAACCACCCCCGACCGCCGCCGAGGCUGCCGACGCCUUCAACGACCUCUAUGGAUGCGACGGUCUCCGUUCUGCCCUCCACUGUUGAGCCGCCGUGCUCCACGCAGUCUUCGCCGCUCGUUCAGCGGCCCACGUUGAGUAUUGUGCACCCCGCGACGGUAGCCGUCGUAAACGAGAAAUCGGAGCUUGACGAUGACACUUACGAGACUGUGGAGGCAUCUUCUCAUGUGCAGCGGGCCGUCUCCGAGCCCACACUCCCUACUGCAUCUUCCAUGGGACCAAGCAGCGUUCAGGGAGUACCGCUGUACUCACCCCGCUCCCCAACAAUUUCGGAGCAAUCUUUCGACGACAUGAUACGCAGGCGCGGGACCCUCAUGAGACAUCCGGACAGCGAAUCGACGCUGUCUAUUCGUUCGGUUUCCACCGUCUCCUCGCACUCGCACCUUCGGAGCCCUGUACCCACCAACUCUGAGAUCCAACCAGCUGGUCCGCGCUCCGCUGUCGUGGAAUCAACAUACGGCAUGACCGACAGCGUCGUCAGCGAGCUUGCCCCGAGGCCGUCGCUCUUCCCGCAGCGCAUGCGGUCCAUCACACCCGUCAGUGUUUCGGAGCGCAUGUCCCCGAGGGACAGUCGUGUGCCAUCUCGGCUGGUGAUGGACACACCACGUACCAGAUCGACGGUACAGUCGACGGUCAGCCGGCCUGCGACUCCUGCGUCCGCGCGGACUCCUAUCCGCUCGACCGCAUCCAGGCCGUUGUCGCGCGUAUCCUUGCUCUCAAGCAAGCAGCAUGCCCCCAGCCCUUCUCAGAAGCCCUCAACAACAGCAGUCGAGCCGACCCCGCUCUCCGACUCAGAGGGCACGGUGGAGGCCGCACCCGUCGUUACCCCCAAGCUCAAAGCUGUCGCGCGCGCGCAGGGAAAGAUGGGCGCGGUCUCCUGGCACUGCAGGAGCUGCAUGCAGGACCCGUGCGUCGCUCCAACCGCGACCAUGUGUGGGCACAUAUUCUGCACCGCAUGCAUCAUACAGGAGCUUUCGAAGACGGGGGCAUGCCCGGCAUGCGGGAAGUUGAUCCUGCUCCGUCUGCACGUCGAGACCGAUUAGGAGGUAGCAGAUCAGUCCUUUCUGUGCACACAUUUCAUGGUUCUCACUGUAUCACCUG